AUCGACAGAAUAUUCUUGAUCUUGUACAUACAUAUAUACAUAUAUGUAUGUUAAUUUAAUGUCAGUCAUUGGAAAAUUGGAACUUUCACGAAAGUGGAAACAAAAUUGUAAAUAUUUAUACCUUUUUCAUAAUAUCUCGUUAGUUCUGUAAAAAUGAUUGACGAGUACGUGGAAUACAUUGAACCUUAUUGGAAAUUUUAUCAUGAUAGAGUAUGGCUAUUUAUCUCAUCUGUUGGUUGGUACUUUGUUGGCAUUUCUGUUGUUUUAAUAUACGCAUGGCCUAGUAUUCAAAAAUUAUACAGAAAUUGGAAAAAGACAAAAGACGAACAAGAAUAUGAUAUGAAGUAUCAUAAGAAUGUAGAUUUGAGUAGCAAAUUACUAAUAGCAACACAAUUGGCAAGAGAAAAACAACAAGAAAAAUAUUUAAGAGAAAGAGAAUUAGCUUUGGAGAAAGAAAAAGAGAGAGUAGAAAAAAAGAGACAAGAAGUUCUUAGGUUGGAAGAGCAACGUUCUUCAGGUACUCGCUUAGGGAAUUCAUCAGAAGGGGCUGCUGGACCAUCAAAAUCAACAUUGAAAGGAGAAUAUAAUCCAUUGAUGGGUGAAUCUAGUAAAAGGUACAUACCCCCAAAACGAUCUUGUUGUAAAAAAGGUGGAUGUGGAUAAAUUAAAAUAAAUUAAAAUAAAUUAAAAUUAACUCUAUUUGUGGAUGGAAAAUGACAACUGGAUAUGGCAUAAUUAAAUUUUGUAAUCAUAAUUAAAUGACAAGUUUUAAGGAUAAAUAUUAAUUAACAUUAAAUACGUUUUGCUUAAAAGGUGUAUUACAUUCUUUAAAAUAUUUCCACUUAUUUUUGUUAAUAACAAAAUAAGGGUAAUAUAAUAAUUAUUUAUCACUUUUAUAAUAAUUAUUUUUUAGUUAUCAUUAAUUAUCAUAAUUGAUAGAUUAGAUCAAUAAAAUAAAUUUUAAAA